UUGCUGAUGCAAGUCAUGAGUUCCUCACCGUUUUUAUCUCCCACCUUCAAUAACGACGUCGCCGGAAACUUCACUCACGAUUUCGGAGUUAAACUACGGCUUGAAGACGAGGAGCCUAAUAAGGAAGGAGAGAAAAUAAUCAGUCAGCCGGGAAUGGAAGAUGAAAAAGAAGAAGAAGAAGAAGAGGAAGAGUUUUCAUUUGUUUGUUUAAAUCCCGAUGGAUCCCCGAUUUCUGCUGACGACUUGUUCCAAGACGGUCAGAUCCGUCCGGUUUUUCCGUUAUUCAACCGAGAUCUCCUCUUCGCCGAUGAAAACGGAACAGUUUUGAGGACCAAGGAGGGUGACGUCGCUCUACCUCCUCGGGUGAGGAAGCUUCUCGUGGAAGAUUUAUCGGACAAGACGUCAUCGUCGUCUAGCACGUCGGAAACGGCGGGGCCGUACUGCGAGUGGAGAGGCGGGAGGACCGCGGUGGAAGUCUCACCGGACACGUGUCGGAAGAGCAACUCGACGGGUUUCUCCAAGCUUUGGAGGUUCAGAGAUUUGAAGCUACGAUGUAGUAGCGAUGGAAAAGACGCGUUCGUCUUCUUAAACCAGCCUCCGCCUUCUUCUUCGAUAAAAACCGAAAAGAAAAACGAAAAAGAAGAGAAACCGAAGGCAAAGAAGAGAGGUAAAACGGCAUCGCCUUCGGCUCACGAACAGCUUUACGUUAAAAACAGAGCACAAAGGGAAGGAGUUAAACGGCGGUCGUAUUUGCCGUAUAAGCAGAUCGGAUUUUUCACUAACGUCAGCAGCUUGAGCAGAAAUGUUCAUCCAUAUUAGGUUUCUAAUUAAUUAAAUAAUUA